GUUUUCCCUCCGGUGCCCGUGAAGCCCGAUUAUGCCUACCAUGCCAGGAUCAAGAACCGAGAGUCACUGUUGCCCUUGAUGCAGAAACCCUGCCCGGCUUACAUAGCCCCCGUGAAAGUGCUCUGCCACAUGGAGGGAAGUGGCCAGUGGCCCCAGGACCGGGAAGCCAUCCGACGCAUCAAAGCGGCGUUCCAGCUGCAGCUGGCAGAGCUGCUGCGCAAGCAGCACCGUCUCCUGUGUCGGCCCGCCCCCACCCACACAGAUGUGUAUAAGGACGGCUACGUCUUCCGCGUCCAAGUAGCCUACCACCGAGAGCCCCAGAUCCUGAAGGAGGCGGGCACCCGGAAGGAGCUUUGUGGCGCAGAGGUUCAACUGCAGUCCUGCAGCCGAAACUCUGCCCACAACCACUCCAGCCUGCAGCAGCAACAUCCAGCUUUCAGCGGCACCUCCCGCCUCGCCAAACGCUGGAUCAGUGCCCAGAUGCUGAGCGACGGCCUCUCAGAGGAGUGCGUGGACCUGUUGGCGGCGUUCCUGUUCCUGUGCCCAGCGCCCUUCACGGCACCCAG